CUGAACACAGCCUAUAUGUCGAUGCAUGAACGCACCCUUUGUAUGUGUGUGUAAUGAAAGUAAGAAAGUAAACUUGUUCACCUACACUAAUUUAGAAGUACUUUGAAAAUAUAUAAACUUAUAAUUUUCAUAUUAAUGAUAAUUAAAUAUUUUUUUGACAAAUAGCACUAAAUGAAUGUAUAUUAUUUGAUUAUACAAAUAAUAUAACCCAGACAGCUCCAAAACUAGACAUACGGCGUCUUUAAGUUUUAAAGAUGUUUUAAAGACAUCUUAUGUCCCAGUUUUGAACAUUGUGCUGUCUAGGUAACAUUAUCUUAAUUUAUGAACUAGUUAUCUGAUAACAUUAUCAAUACUACAGAAGAAAAAUUCCAAGAUGCUGGAUCCUAUCGACUAAUAAUUGCAUCAAAUCGAGAUGAGAUGUAUAAACGCCCUGCAUUGUCAGCUCAUUACUGGGGUCAACAUCCUGAAUGUUUGGGAGGUAUUGACAUGGAAGCUGGUAAGGAAGGUGGCACUUGGUUAGCUCUGUCAACAAGAGGAAAAGCUGCAGUCAUUUUAAAUUAUGUUGGCAAAGAAGCUGUGAUGGAUGCAUCAAAAAAAAAUCGUGGUUUCUUGAUAAGAGAUUUUAUUACUUCAAGUGAUUCUAUAGAAUUAUACUUGGACAAAUUACAUAAAGAAAAUGUUAACAGACAACCAUACAAUCCUUACUGUUUGGUUUUAUUAGAUUUAAACAAUGCCAAUGUCCAUUAUCUAAACAAUUGCGUAGAAUCUAUUGGACCCAUAAUAUGUAACAGUGAUAUUAUAGGUAUCGGAAAUGGUGGAAUAGAUCAUUCCUAUAAGAAAGUUGAAGCAGGGAAAGAAGAAUUUAAACUUAUAAUAAAGAAUGCACAUACUUCAAACGAAAAUAAUUUGAUUGAGGAACUCAUUAAUUUCUUAAAAUCAAAGGAAAGGCAUUUACCAGAUCCUGAGUUGCAAGAGAGGUAUCCAACAAAAUAUAAAGUUCUUAGUUCAAUUUUUGUUUCUGUUGAGAAACAAUAUGGUACAAGGACACAUUCCAUAUUAUUAAUUGACGGUUCGAACAAUAUAACAUUUAUCGAAGAAACGCUUAUGUCUGAUUUUACGUGGAAACGUCAGCAGUUUAAAAAUAAUUUGAUGCGACAAUAAACAUUAAUAUUAAGUUGAUUAUUGCAAUUAUUUGAUAUAGGCGUGGUUUUUCAAGUACUAUACUGGUGAAAAUUUAUUUGAGUUAAUUCUCAUGUAGCGUCUUUUGUAGGGAAAAUAUAUCAAUUAGAUUAAGAUAGGAGCGGAAAAUGUAAGAUGAUAAAAUAAAGAUGAGAGAACAAAUCGUGUGUAGUUUUGAUCCAAAAAAGUUAAAUCUAUCGAAGACAUUAAUAAAUCAUAUAUUGAGUUGAUGUAUAAGGAGGUUUUGGAUUUACGUUCAACCGCUGUAAAAGUCGGGCAAGAAUUGCAUUGUUUUGGCUGUAUAAAUUUGAAACGUUUUUGUACAAUAAAAAUACACAUUAUAACGAAA